CAGAGGCAAACCCUCGUCUCCUCCAAACCUUGGAACCCUAGCCGCCGCCAGCGACAGCUUAGCGGAACAUCUCUCAGAUCUCCAGCUUUUGCUUAUUUUUUUUUUCGUUUGUUCAUCGCGUUUGUUUGCAUCUUGGCCACUUUUGAGUGCUGAUUGCUAGAGCACAUGCUUUUCUUUCUAUUGUUUCUUGGAUUUGAUGGUUAUGUUAUGGUUAACUCGCACCAUUAGCCCCCUGUGCUGUUGAGGUUUGGAGCAGGGAAAACUGCGGGAAAAGGGUAUCUAUGGGUGCAAAAUCAAUCCAGUUGGACAUGGGCUAUGUUACUUCUGUGGAAGCCAGCGAUUUUCCUCGGAAUCAAUUUUUCUGUCCACAUUCACCUUGGUGUUCUGUAGUUUGGAUUCGCUUAGUAUGUUUUAGAUCGAUUUUGUCGAGCACAUGAUGAUGUUACAGUUGUUUAGAAGCGAAAUGAGGAGGCGAAAUCAUCUGAAUUUAUGCUGUGGAUAUUACCUACAUGGUCUUCAAAGUUCUCUGAUCGCUUCAUGUUCAAAUCUCAUGUGUAGCUUGAUGUGUUUUGCUUACCUGAUUUCUGCUAGAUGCAACAUAGAAGCAAAAUGAGGAAUCAACACAUCUGAAGUUUUGCUUACCUGAUUUCUGUUAGAUGUACUAUAGCCAAGGAAAUCAACACAUCUGAAGUCUACCUACUGUGGAUCUUAUCCAAUUGGUGCCUAUCUAGAUUUACCUUUGCAUUUUUCUUAUCUUCAUUGCCAUAUGUGUACACUCUUGUUGCCGAGGGAAAAAUAUGCAUGUUUUAAGUUGUGAAGAAAAAUGAGAACUCAUGUGAUCUGAAGUAUCUGAUGCUGAUACAUCCGUAUAUGAUUUCAAAGUUCUCUGAUUGCUUACUUGCGCGCACAGCCCUCUUAUCCAAUUGGUGAAUAUCUAGGUUUACUUGACAUUUUCUUUUCUUUGCAAAAUGAUUCAUUCUUUCUUGAAACUUGAUGUUGACAGAGGAUGAAAAUGCAUGUUUUAUGUGUGUUUGCACAGUUCGUAAGGAAGUGAGAAUUGUUGCACCUCUGCUUUGUAUGCCCUGCUCUCUGACUGUGUUUGUGGGGUAUUUACAUUGGUGCAAAAAGGAAAAGCUGCUCCUUGGACAGCAGCGGCCAGACAACCGUAGAGAUAGAUCCACAGAUGAAUGGCUAAUCUGCUGCUUGUCUACUAAUUCUAUCUCACAUUUUGAAUGAUUAUUUUCCUGUAUUUAGAGACAUAGGGUAAUUUAGCAAUGCACAAAUAUCCAGUAUGUAGUGUCUAUGUUGCACAUGUGUUGUAUUGUCCUACUUACUUGCCGUGCUAGUAGGAUAUAACACUGGUGCAGAAAGGAAAAGCUGCUCCUUGGAGCAGCAGCGGCCAGACAACCGUAGAGAUAGGUCCACAGAUGAAUGGCUAAUCUGCUGCUUGUCUACUAAUUCUAUCUCAUAUUUCUGGUUAUUUUCCUGUAUUUUAGUGUCAUGGGAUAAUUAAGCGUUGCACAAAUAUCCAGUAUGUAGUGUCUAUGUUGCACCUGUGUGUUGUAUUGUCCUACUUUCUUGCCAUGCUAGUAGGAUAUAACACUGGUGCAGAAAGGAAAAGCUGCUCCUUGGAGCAGCAGCGGCCAGACAACCGUAGAGAUAGGUCCACAGAUGAAUGGCUAACAUGCUGUUUGUCUACUAAAUCUAUCCCACAUUUCUUGCCUGCAACGGGUGGCAUGUUUGCUCUAACAUGCUUGUCAAGAUAGCUGUGCAUUUUGUGUCAAAAUGCUUGUUGUUUCAAAAAAUAUAUAUAUGUAUAUAUAUUAUAUAUUUGUUGGUGUUCACUUGUGCAUUACUGCACCUUUAAUUUGUACAUUUCUGCUUUCUUGUUAGUUGGCAGGAUUUUCGUAUGACAGUACUGACACACAAUCCAUAAUGAAUAAAUCAAAGUGCAGCAGAACCAUUAGAUUGACUAUUGUACAUAAAUCAUAACAAAAAAUUGUAUGUAGAGUAGUUCUGUUCUUAUUAUGAUUGUGUGAUGUUAAACAUGGUGCACAAAUGAAAUGCUCCAUGCAUCCAUAUAUGGUCUUCAAAGUUCUCUGAUUGUUGUGUUUACGUCUUACUGAUGUCUAUGAGUCAAAGUUACAGUGUUUUAUGUGGUUGAAAAGCAAAGUGAGGAGAUUAUAUGAUCUGAAGUAUCUAAUGUGGAUAUAACCAUACAUGGUCUUCAAAGUUCUCUGAUUGUUUCUCACAACUCUUUUCUUCAUUGAUGUUACCCGAGGAAGAAAAAACAUGUUAAAGUUGUUAUGAAGCAAAAUGAUAUCCA